AGAAACAUGGCCACCAAAACAGGAAGCACCAUUGUAGGAGCUUUAGCAUGCCAAAAGGAAUCAUUUCUCAAAACCUUGGCCACCACCGUGUGCUCAUGUGAGCCACACAAGGGUCACAUCACCCCCAAGGAUAAGCAAAACAAAAAUAAGAAGAAAAAAGACUCAGAUGCUAGCAACGGCACUGAAGUGAAGUAUGCCAUCGAGUUAGCCGACACAGUCAUUUUCCCCGAAGGAGGAGGACAGCCGUGUGACCAAGGGUUCAUCAAGAGUGAAACAGACGAGGUGUUUGUGUCCGAGGCCAUUCGUGAAGGCCUUACAGCUCUUCAUUUGUCCAACAAACCACUUGUUCCAGGUACCAAAGUGAAUGUAUCGAUGGACUGGGCAAGACGGUUUGAUCACAUGCAACAACAUACCGGCCAGCAUCUUGUUUCUGCGAUUUUUGACCAGUAUGACCUAGAGACAUUGAGUUGGGGUAUGGGAGAUGUAACGUGCUACGUUGAAUUGCCCAAGAAAGUAGACGAAGAGCUUGUGAAUGAAGUCAACCAGAAGGUCAACCAGGCAAUUCUUGAUGCUAUACCAAUUACUGUGGAGGUUCCAGAUGGACAUGGGCAUGAAUUGGAUCUUUCCCAUCUUCCAGACGAUUACGAUAUUUCUAAGGGCUUAGUGAGAAUUGUCAGUAUUGGUAAUUUAGAUAGAAACCCUUGUUGUGGAACUCACUUGAAAAACACAUCUCAGAUCCAGGCGGUGUCGAUUUUGAACCAGGUGAAUGUCAGAGGUGGUAACUCCAGGGUCCACUUUGUGUGUGGAUCAAGAGUUUAUAAGUUUGCCCAAAAGAACUAUGAUAUUCUCAAAAAUGUGUCUGGAGGACUCUUAUCUUGUCAGCCAGAUGAGGUGUACGAAAAGACCAAACUACUUAAUGACAAUUAUAGAGAGGCCAACUCCACGAAGAACAAUCUUCUCAAGGAGUUGAUGGGACUUGAAGCCAAGCGCAUGUUUGAGAGCUUCAAAAAUGGCUCUACCCUUGAAUGGGCUUACAGAAAGGACACUGAUGCCGAGUCGUUGAACUUGCUUCAAAAAGAAUUGUUGACAUUGGUGAAUAACAAUAAGGACUCCGGAAUCGAUUUGGACAAGACUCACACUGCAGUCAUGUUUACUGGGUUAGUUAAUGAACCAGGAACCAUAAAGAUUAUGGGUCCGGAGUCCACCGAACUUCUGGGAGAAAUCAAGAAGAUUUUGUCUACCAUAAAAGGUGGUGGUAAAGGAAGCUCUUUCCAAGGUAAAAUAUCCAAGUAUGAAAAGGGUGAAAUCGACUCGUUGGUGAAUUAUUUGAACAACUUUCGUUUACACGAGUAAUUUAUAAGAUAUAUUUAUAUGUACAAGAUUUAGACUAACGCUUGACCCACGUAGGGGACUUUCUAGCCUUGACCUUACCCGGCUUCUUUCUCUCAACAAUUCUAGGAUCCACAGAUCUCAAGUUAGCAGACUUCAAUCUUCUCUUCCAUAUAGGGUUUAAUUGGCCUAAAAGCUUGAUCAAACCCAACCUAAGAGCAUCAGCCUUACUACUAAUACCACCUCCAUUGAUCACCGCAAAUACGUUGAAUUGAGCCAACUUGUCAAUGGCCAACAACGGAAAGGUAAUCUUGUCUCUGUCCUCAUCUCUGGUGAAAUAGUUGGUAUAAUUAACUCCAUUCACCAUGAUCAAGCCAUUUCCGUUAGCUAAUUUUAUAUUGGCAACAGACGUCUUCUUCUUGCCUUUGGCCUUUGCUAUACCAUUUUCAUCGAAGGUUUUGAUGGUUCUAGUUUUCGAUGUAGAUUGACCGGUUUGACUUACAAACUCGUUCAAAGUCUCGACAACUUCUUUGGGCAUUAACUGGGGGUCAAUACUUCUUAACCUGUUCAACAACCCGAUCAAGUCUCUGUGAUGAGCCACCUUGACUCUUUCGUUACGGGCGUAAUUAUCUCUGUACUCAAGGAAUGAUAAAAACUUACUUUCCAGGAGCUCUUGACUAGUUAAUUCUUUCGUAGGCAAAUGUAAAUGACGUUGUACUAGGGACUGUAAUCUGCUCAUGGUUGAGUCAUGAAUGGGGUUUCCCCCAUAAUAGGUGUUCAAUUCGGGGACUAUUCUGAGUCUUUCGAACUCGUAGUCCUUGAUUCUGUCUUUGCCCAACAGCGAAGGGAUCACGUUGAUAAGUCUCUCAUUCCUUAUGCUUCUGGGGAUCGAUGGGGCUGCCUCGUUCAAAACCUUGGUGGAGGAGCUGAAGAGCCGUACGGUUCUCCCAAGCAAACCCAAAUAACUUUUUGGUAAAGACAUGCUUGUGGUUAAGGUGCUCACUGUACGAACU